GCUGCCCUUUGAAUUCCAGGCUCAGGGCAAAAGUAGGGUAAAGGUAGAUACAAAGUAGAAGCAAAGAAAUAAAGUCUGAAGGAGUUGCAGAUGGGUUUUUUUGUGUUUUGUUUUUUUUAAAGAAGGAGUACCUGAACAUUUACUUCUAUGCAUUGAACCAUAAAUUGUUUGGUUUAAUAAUUUUGCAGCAGAAAAGAAACUGUAUUUGAGGCAUUCAGACUAUCAAACAGAAGGAAAAGCAGCAGCUCAAAACAUAUCCCGCCUGGUUUAUGAAAACAGGAGUCACAUUUCUAGAUGAUGGAAGGAAAAAAAUUUAUAAAACAUGAGAAUAAGGAUACAACACAGCUACAACUGUGAGUCUGAAUUAAAAAUAAGAAUUGUAAAAAGAUCACUAUGUUCCAGCUUGCAAACCUCUGCAUGCUAUGGUGUGAUAAUAAUUUGGAUGUGCUGGUGAGCCCUACAUAAACUGAAUGUCUUUUUAACUGAAAAACCUUACCAAAACAAAAGAUUGAAGAACAAAUAAAUUAAGGAAGAUAUUUUAGGUGACUGUAAGGAAAUGAGGUGGUGAGAGACCUUUUGGGGAAAUCCAGGCACAGGUGAAGGAAAGUUGAAGUCGAUUGGAAGUUGGAGUAUCUGAGGCGUCAAAGUUGGAAAAAGUGAAGGCGUGGAAGUUGGAGAAUCUGAGGAACUGGAAAAGUAUCUGAAGGAGAAGAAAGCCACCAGAAAGUAGAAGAGUAUGGCAGUGAUGAAGGAGAUUCUCCGAUCCAGAAACCUCCUGCUUGUUGUUCUCAUUCCACUUCUGCUGCUUCCUCUGCCACUCGUAUACCCCAGCAGCGAAGCCUCAUGUGCCUACGUGCUGAUCGUGACGGCCGUGUACUGGGUCUCCGAAGCUGUACCUCUUGGUGCAGCAGCCUUAGUUCCUGCUUUUCUGUACCCACUUUUUGGAGUCAUGAAGUCCAGUGAGGUGGCUGCUGAAUAUUUCAAGAACACAACUUUGCUCCUCGUGGGUGUGAUUUGUGUGGCAGCUUCUGUAGAAAAGUGGAAUCUCCACAAGCGAAUUGCCCUGCGCAUGGUCAUGAUGGCUGGAGCCAAGCCAGGCAUGUUGCUUCUUUGCUUUAUGUGUUGCACUACGAUGCUCUCCAUGUGGCUUUCUAACACAUCCACCACAGCCAUGGUGAUGCCAAUUGUGGAGGCAGUGCUCCAGGAGCUGGUGAAUGCUGAGGAGGAGUGUGAGGUCAUCAGUACUGCAGGCAGCACCGUUACUGAAGAAAGGAAGCCAAUAGGUCUCAGCGAAAAUCGUGGCCAACCUUCACUGGAGCUUAUCUUCAUCAAUGAGGAUGCUACUACUACUGACUUCAGCUCCUUGAUGCACUCAAAGAGUAUGAAUGGUGUGCCCAUGAUAGCCAACCCUAUUGGCACAAUGAAUUCUCAGAGCAAUGGGCAGCACCUACCCCAGGCUCAGAUACUGGUCCUUCCUCCUGAACCCUCAGAUCUAGGCCUGACUACCAAGUACCGGUAUCAAACCAGACAUGACCACAUGGUCUGUAAAUGCCUCUCACUGAGCAUCUCCUAUGCAGCAACCAUUGGGGGACUGACAACCAUCAUAGGGACCUCCACCAGCCUCAUAUUCUUAGAGCACUUCAAUAAUCAAUACCCCAAUGCUGAAGUGGUGAAUUUUGGAACCUGGUUUUUAUUCAGUUUCCCCAUCUCCCUCAUCAUGUUGGUGCUGACUUGGUUCUGGAUGCAUUGGCUGUUCUUGGGUUGCAAUUUUAAGGAGACCUGUUCUGUGAGCAAAAAGAAGAAGACCAAACGGGAAGAAAUGUCAGAGAGAAGAAUUCAAGAAGAAUAUAAGAAACUGGGAAAUGUUAGCUAUCCUGAGAUGGUGACUGGAUUCUUCUUCAUUCUGAUGACCUUGCUUUGGUUUACUCGUGAGCCUGGCUUUGUACCAGGAUGGUCAUCUUUCUUUGAGAAGAAAGGUUACCGGACUGAUGCCACUGUCUCUCUAUUUCUUGGUUUUCUCCUUUUCCUGAUUCCAGCAAAAAAGCCGUGCUUUGGAAAAAGUGAAAAAGGAGGUGGUGAAAAGUCAACAGACAUUAACACAAUGGAUCCCAUCAUUACCUGGAAGGACUUCCAGAAGACCAUGCCCUGGGAGAUUGUAGUGCUGGUUGGAGGAGGUUAUGCCUUAGCAGCUGGAUGCAAGACCUCUGGCCUCUCUACGUGGAUUGGACGUCAAAUGCUCUCCCUGAGCAGCCUUCCCUACUGGGCUGUAACCCUGCUGGCUUGCAUUUUGGUAUCCCUGGUAACAGAGUUUGUUAGUAACCCAGCAACUAUAACCAUCUUUCUGCCUAUUUUAUGCAGCAUGUCAGAAACCCUGCUUAUCAACCCUUUAUACACUCUGAUUCCUGUCACCAUGUGUAUCUCCUUUGCGGUGACGCUGCCAGUGGGUAAUCCUCCAAAUGCCAUUGUCUUCAGUUAUGGGCACUGCCAGAUUAAAGAUAUGGUGAAAGCUGGUCUGGGUGUAAAUCUGAUUGGCCUGGCUGUUGUCAUGGUGGCAAUUAACACCUGGGGAAUUCGACUCUUCCAGCUGAAUUCCUUCCCAGAAUGGGCAGUGGUCAGUAACAUCACUAGCCAAAUAUAAUGUUCACUUAAAAAAAAAAAAAAAAAAAAAGAAAAGAAAAAAAAAAAAAGUGCAAGACCAAAGUGAGUUGGGACAAAAUAUUAAACGUCCAUUGUGCAUAUGAAAGAAAGAAGAAAACUUGUGUAAACAUAGAACCUGGAUCCAUAGCAAAACCAUGAAGAAAAUCCACAGGGACGGCUUCUGCAAAAGCUUUUCAGUUCUGAAAAUCAGUGUGAGUUAAAAGGAGAGAUUAGCUUUGCUCUGUCGUUGCUUUCCCUGGGAUACCAUAACUCGGAAAAAAUCCUCUCCUUCAAAUUAUCUGCCCACAGCUUUUUCAUACCUUUGAAGGAUUACACAGGACUUGUGUAAAGGACUCAAAUAGUGGAAGACAAGUACACAUACUCUGGUGUACUCAGCAGUGGGAUAUUCAGUCCUACCAUUGACUUCUACAGUGAAUCCAGGGGGAGUCUUAUUCCCAAACCCAGGGUUUUAUAAGCCUACUUCUUUAAAGGCAAAUUAUUCUUCUUCUUCUGAGGUGACCUGUCACUGUGGUGUAAAAAUCCACUUUCCCACCUAACCCAUAUGACCUGGACCGAAAUACAACUACCAGCUACAGCUCUUCAAAGGGAUAACAGAAACCUCCAGAGAGGAAGGCAAAGUCUCCUUGGAAGGAGAUUUUUUUUUUUUUUUCCCCACAGCACUAGUAUAAAUUUCCAAUAUUGCAGUACUUGCAACCUCUGCUUUGGAAGGAAGAGUUUCAGAAAGAGAAAGCUUUGUUCAAUACCUUUUUUUAUCAUUGUUGAAGUGGGAGUUCUUUCAGCAGGGGAAGCUAUAACCAGCAAAACCUUACCAGGCCAAGACACCCACAGCUCUCCUCUCUCUUUGUCAUGCAGUUACAAUUCCCCUGACAGAGAAAGUACAGUCUCAUCCAAGAUGGCACUUAGUGCUGCUCCAUGAGUAAGAAGGGAGAGGGCUGAAGUGGAGUGGUGCUGGUGUAUCUCCUCAUCCUGUGCAUUCACUUAAACAUCACGCCCACCUGCUCUCUACCAGCCCAGAGAACAGGAACUUCAAAUGUAGGAAAAUCUGACACAGAACAGAUAACUACCAGACCAAAAUCCCUGCUUUUCUGACUGGAUCCCUGUGAUAUUCAGAAAAUUUCAUGUAUUAUGUCCUCUUUUUAAUAAUUGCUUUAAUGUCAAUACAUUUAUGCUGUAUAUUCGGAUGACUGGAUCUCAUAUAAUCACACUCUUCAGACAUACACUUUAAUGGAUGUUCAUGCUUUCCACUUAUAAUCUAGGCUCUCUAGUUGCUAGUGUGAAUGUCUAUUCUGCAAAAUAAAAUGUCAAUAAAAUAAA